AUGUUCAACCUACCGGAUGGCACGACUUUCCUCCUUCUCGGCGCCUCCCUUCACAUUCUCGCGUUGAGAAAAGGGGAAUGGGAUCUUGACGUGUUUAAGAUCUUGACCACAGCAGCAGCAGCUCCAUUGGCACUUACGUUGUGCCAGAUAUCCCUUCAUGGGGUGACUUUCUCAUCCGCACUCUGGAGGUCAUGCUACCUCGUCGCGAGCUUGCUAGUCGGCAUGCAUCUUAGCAUGGUCGUCUACCGGGUCGGCUUCCACCGCCUGAACCGAUUCCCUGGUCCACUCCUGGCACGAGUGUCGAACUUCUACAUCACUGGAGUGGCGUUUAGGAGACAUCAGGAGUAUUCCGAGCUUGACAAUCUUCAUGCACAAUACGGCGACGUCGUUAGGAUAGGCCCUUCGACGCUGUCCAUCGCCGACCCACAAGCCCUCCACGCAGUCCACCUCAACCCCAGGUGCCUGAAGGGCCCGUGGUACCAGGUCCUCGCACCGGAGAGCUCCAUCCAGACAGACAGGGACGCCGCCGGGCACGCGGCGAGGCGGAAGGUCUGGGACCGUGGCUUCAGCACCAAGGCGCUACGCAACUACGAGCCGCGCGUUGUGCACUACACAGACAAGCUCGUCGCGCACAUCAACUCCCACGUGGGACAGGGACAGGGCCAGGGCCAGCAAAAGCCGCUCGACGCCUCGCUGUGGUUCAACUUCUACUCGUUCGACGUCAUGGGCGACCUGUCGCUGGGUGAGAGCUUCGGGAUGCUGGACCGCGGCGAGGUGCACUACGCCAUGAGGACCCUGCACAGCUACAUGUUCAUGCUCGGGGUGUUUGGGCACGUGAUGUGGGCGUUCCGGGUCAUUGGGAACCUUCCGCUUGUGGGCGCUGAGAAUGUGAGGUUUAAGGCGUGGGUUGCGGAGCAGGUGAAGAAGAGAAUCGAGAACCCGCCGGAUACCCCUGAUGUUUUCAGCUGGAUCAUCGACGAGUACGACUCCAAGCCCCAUCGGACGGAGGGUGAGAGGCUGAAUCUCAACGCUGAUGGCCUGACCAUCACCAUCGCAGGAAGUGACACAGUAGCUGCCGCGCUCUCAUGCCUCUUCAUGGAGCUGGCCACGCGCCCCGAGGUGGCGAAAGCACUCCAGGAAGAGCUCGACGCCUUCUUCCAGAAAAACACGGAGCCCGACGCCAACGCCUUGUCGAGGCUCAAGUACCUGCAGGCCUGCAUCGACGAAGCAUUACGGAUCAUGCCGGUCGUUCCGUCAGGCGGCCAGCGGAUAACGCCACCCGAAGGCCUGGAGAUCAGCGAGGACUUGUUCAUUCCCGGUGACACGAUUGUACAGGUUCCAACUUACACUUUACACAGAGAUGAGCGGAAUUUCGAACAUCCUAAUGAGUUCAUCCCCGAGCGAUGGACUUCGAAGCUUGAGCUGAUUAGGAAUUCUUCUGUGUACUCGCCCUUCUCGAUUGGUCCAUACAACUGUGUUGGCAAACAAUUGGCCUAUAUGGAGAUCCGCAGCGUGACGAGCAAUAUUCUGCGCCGGUAUAAUGUAGGGCUGGCUCCGGGCCAGACGAGAGGGGCAUUUGUGGAUGAGUGA